AUCCCUCCGCUGUUACCCGGAAGGGGAGGAAGAAGGAAACCACGGUAGAGCCUGCAGAGUGGAGUACCUUCUCUGCUUCUUUUGUUGUUUGAAUAAUCCAGCUAAAUUACGAACUCUCUUUUAUCGAAAGUGCACAGGAAGGAGGAUUUAUUUUCAUUGUGAAAAAUGUCGGUCGUGCCUCCCAGUCGCUCGGCUACCGGCUGGCCGCGCCGCGGUGGAGACCAAUUUGCGAGCAAAUACAUCAGUGGGCCCGCUAAACCGCUCACCCUGGAGAGGACCAUCAACCUAUACCCCCUCACUAACUACACAUUUGGCACCAAGGAACCUCUGUAUGAGAAGGACAGCUCUGUGGCUGCCAGGUUCCAGCGAAUGCGGGAAGAGUUUGACAAGAUGGGCAUGCGGAGGACGGUGGAGGGUGUUCUCAUUGUUCAUGAACACAGGCUGCCUCAUGUGUUACUGCUGCAGCUAGGGACAACAUUCUUCAAACUGCCUGGUGGAGAGUUGAGUCCUGGAGAAGAUGAGGUAGAGGGUCUGAAACGCUUGAUGACUGAGAUCCUUGGACGACAGGAUGGGGUGAAGCAGGACUGGGUGAUUGACGACUGCAUCGGCAACUGGUGGCGUCCCAACUUUGAGCCUCCACAGUACCCAUAUAUUCCAGCUCAUAUCACCAAACCAAAGGAGCAUAAAAAACUGUUCCUGGUUCAGUUGCAGGAAAAAGCACUGUUUGCUGUUCCCAAGAACUAUAAACUGGUGGCUGCGCCAUUGUUUGAACUGUAUGAUAACGCUCCUGGAUAUGGACCAAUCAUUUCCAGUCUACCACAGCUGUUGAGCAGGUUCAACUUCAUUUAUAACUAACUUGAGUGAACAGGAGGAGGUUUGGCUGUCUCUGUGAGAUCAGCCAGAAACAUUGUGGUGAGAAAAAAAACCUUCCACCUCUGGAUCUACUUUUACAU